GUCUGUUACUACUCAGGGUCUAUACAUACGAACUAACGCUUGUAAACAAAGCCGGUGAGAAUUUGUCCAUUUGUAAAUACAUAAUUUUUACCAGCGCAGCCCAAAAGCGCCCCAUCUGGUUCACGAAUUCUCCGUCGCAUCUUCGUACCAAUAGCCACCGACACAGCUAUCCCCUCAAGGCCGAGAACCACUGAUCACACUGACCACAUCUGCGAGUACCUUCAACAGUUCCACAAGAUUUCUCCGCAUCAACCCGAGCCCCGCACCCGGCCAAGUAUCAGCAGUGCACGUGAGGGCGCGGGGCAGCAUUGGUCUCCAUCCCCCCCGUCCGUCCUGCCUCCCUCUAGACCCUCUCUUUUCCCUACUCUCUCCGUCACUCAUAUUUCUCAAAGCUUCAUAAUUACCUCUCAUUACCCACGCGAUAAGUAGAAAUACUCAAACCGCAAUCAUGGCCGACAAUGGAUCAACAGAGAAGAUUAACACUGAUAUCGUGACGCUUACCCGCUUCCUCACCGAGGAGCAGGUAAAGCACGCCGAAGCCACUGGAGACUUCACUCUCCUCUGCCACGCCCUCCAAUUCUCCUUCAAAUCCAUCGCCUACUACAUCCGUCGUGCUACCCUCAUCAACCUCACUGGUCUGGCCGGCUCCUCCAACACCACCGGCGACGACCAGAAGAAGCUCGACGUCAUCGGCAAUGACCUCUUCAUCGCCGCCAUGCGCUCCUCCGGCAAGUGCGCUGUCCUCGUCUCCGAAGAGGAGGAGGAGGCCAUCUUCUUCCCCGAGCACCCUGGCGCGCGCUACGCCGUAGCAUGCGACCCGAUCGACGGCAGCAGCAACCUGGAUGCCGGUGUCUCAGUCGGUACGAUUUUCGGCAUCUAUAAGCUCGAGGAGUCGGUGUCGGGCGGGAAGGUGACGAAGGAGGAUCUCCUGAAGCCGGGAAGCGAGUUGGUGGCUGCGGGAUUCACUAUGUAUGGUGCUUCGGCGCAGUUGGUGAUUACUAUGAAGGGAAGCAGCGUUAAUGGAUUUACCAUGGACAAUGCGCUCGGCGAGUUCAUCCUCACUCACCCUGAUAUGAAGGUGCCAAAGAAGCGUUCCAUCUACUCGGUCAACGAGGGGAACAGCUUGUACUGGGAAGAGCCAGUCAAGCAAUAUUUCGAUAGCUUGAAGUACCCUAAGGAGGAGGGCGGAAAGCCAUACAGCGCGAGGUACAUCGGAUCUAUGGUUGCGGAUGCAUACAGGACGCUGCUUUACGGUGGAAUCUUUGCGUAUCCUGCGGAUAAGAAGAGCCCCAAGGGGAAGCUGAGGAUUCUGUACGAGUGCGCGCCUAUGGCUAUGGUCUUUGAGAACGCUGGUGGACAAGCGGUGAACAGCAAGAUGCAACGCAUGAUGGAGAUCGUACCGGAGCAUAUCCACGAUAGAUCUGGUAUCUUUAUGGGCAGCUACGAUGAGGUGCAGAAGGUCAUUGAUAUGCACAAGGCUAGCUGAAUAUCCCCUCACAAUCUAAGGAGUAUUUGAGCUAAAGCGGAGACGAAAUCUUCGAAGCCCCAAGAAGAUGCGCAAUAUUAACUCCUUGUGUUGAUGACGGCCGAGGACGCGAAUUGUUGGGAAAGGAGCGGAAGUAGGGUAGAUAGAGCACAAAGAUAGCUCCUAGAAUAGGACUGUAUUUUAAAACUACGAAUAGAUGCCAGUCAAACAGCUAGCUGGUUGAAACACAUUUCGGAGCCAAACACAGUAUGCACAUAAGACGAAGGGAGUUCAUGAAGGUGGAAUAGAGUUGACGUUUGCAUUGCCUCUUCUAGGCAACUAACUAAGCAAGUUCGUGAUGAUAUAAUAAACAAAAAAAACAAAGGCGUGUUCUAUAAGCGAACAAGUAUCUAGUUAAAACACAG